AUGAAGGUUUCCAUCAGAGAGAAUGAAGCUAUACCACGAAUUGCGCGCAUGAUCAAAUCUAUGGGUCAUAAAAUCGAACUAUUCAACGCGCACUGCAAUGGUCGGACCCGAGUUGAAAAGUCUGAAGAGGCAGCUUUGGAUGUCCUUAUAUAUCUUGUCCUAUUCUGCACCGACGCGAUUACUUUUUUCCACGAUCACACUGGCCCAUCUGCGCUCUCUCACGAGGAUGACUGGCAAGAGUUAAUCCGCAUCUACAAAUCCACCACCUCAGAUAUUGAUGAUACAUUCCAGCGAGUUGAGAAACUAGCACAACUGGCAAAGCUUAACGCUCAUAGUAGCGAGUUCGAGAUGAUACAGCAGUUUCUCUCUUCACCGACUCCAUCUUCGACUUCGAUGGCGGCGGCCAGUCUUCAGGAGGAAGCCUCCCUGCCCUGUAUCAUUCUCCCCAGAACUUUUACUACUCAGUGUUAUGACCGUGGUUCGAUUCUCGCGGAUAUUGAAGCCCACUUCGACACUAAAUCUGAAAGCCGUACCUUCUGUUCUCUUGCACUCUGGGGUCUUGGCGGUGUUGGAAAGAGUCACGUAGCUUUGAAAUAUGCCAAAAGCAAGGUUGACGACUUCGAUGCCAUCUUUUGGAUUCACAGUGAAGGACAAAUUGCACUAGCAGAAAGUUUCAGUAGCAUCGCAGUUCGCCUCCAACUUCCCAACACCAAUCCACAGAACCAUGAAGGGAACAGAGUCUCUGUCCUGAAUUGGUUGCAAAAGACCCCCUGCCGUUGGCUAUUGAUAUUUGACAACGGCAAUGAUGAAAACGAUCUCCUUGAGUAUUGGCCUGUCGCAGCACGGGGAUAUGCGCUGAUCACGACACGAAACCAUAAUCUUGCGUUCCAACCAGCCGACACAGGGAUAGAAGUAUUUCCUUUCAAAACAGCAGAGGGGUCUGCAUUUUUAUUGCAUCUACUCUCCCUCGACAUAGUUGAUAACUUAACCGAAAAGGAAGCAAAAUCAGCAUUUGAUCUCUCAGAAAGGCUAAGCGGAAAUGCUCUUGCAAUUUCUCAAAUGGCCGGCUUAAUCCAUCGGCGGAGUGUUCUAUCCUAUGUUUCCCCCGAUUCUAUACCUCAGGUCCUGUUCAGCGACUCUUCUACCCUUGGUCCCAGCCUCGAGAUAUAUCAAGAUGAGCUCAAAUUCUCGGAGGUGCAGGAGGUGCUACUUAAUCUAUCACUUAUCAGAAGGGACAAAUCUUCGCGUACUUUCUCGCUGCACAGACUCGUGCAGACCCAAUUUAGAUUCUAUUUAUCUGCAGAGGCAAGACAGCAAGUGUUUGAAGAUGCCUCGAUGAUAUUGAACAAGGCUUUCCCGCCGAGAAAUGCGGGCAAAUCACAGUAUUAUGAUCGCUGGGCUGUGUGCCGCCUUUAUUUGCAGCACGUAUUGAGCAUCAAAGACAACUACAAGAAGGACCACGCAGGAACAGAUUCUUUACAUCCUUGUCCAGAAUUUUGCUGGGCUCUUGUUAAUUGUGGAAGAUAUAUGAUGGAAAUUGCUUCAUUCACGGAGCUUGAAGAUGUGGCCGCGGUUGCCACUCAGGCGUUCAAAGCAUUAGAUACCCAGAAACAGGAUUCUGAGCUUUCGGCUAAACUGUCCAAUUUGUCGGGUGUUAUGUGGGCUCAUCGUGGCCAAUUUCGAAAAUCUGAGGAGUAUCUUAAACGAGCACUUGCAAUUCGAACAGAGCAAAAACCCGACAAUCUUGACGAAAAGAGCUGGGCGUACACUGACCUCGGAAAUUGUGUAUCUUCUCUUAACAGACAUGAUGAGGCACUUCGUCUGCACGAAAAGGCUGAGGAGUUGCGCAGGCUGUCGACUGAUCAGCUAGCUGACCGAUUUACCAGCCUGGAGUUGCGGAUCGAAGAUGGACGACUUUCAGAGUCCACAGCUGUUGGAAACCAGAAUAUUGGUAGAACUUUGCGUUUCUUAGGACGACUCGAAGAUGCACACGCCCGGCUGAAGCUGGCGAUGGGGCAGCUGAAAGUCUCAGAGAAUUUCGCGAUGAUUGCCUAUACUCGUUUUGUUAUUGCAUCUACCUUCAGAGCAGAGCAAAAGCUAGAGAAAGCCAAGGCAGAAUAUAUCGCGGCUCAGGAAGCCUGGUUGCAGGGGGGGAAAUUACAAACCCAUCAUUUUAAUAGUGUCUGCAUAUACAAGCUAGGAUGUGUGGCAUUUGAGCAGGGCAAAUAUGAAGACGCAGUCACCUAUCUCCACCAAGCACUGGUGGUGGCAAAAUUACAAUCCGUUGCCAUGGCUGGGAUCUAUGCUCGAGUGCUUUAUAAACUAUCCCAAGUACUCAGAAAAGCUGAAAAUAAUUUACUGGAGGCGGAUGAGAAGCGUUAUGAAGCGGAGUCAAUUUUGAUGGAGCAGAAGGCUAGUUUGGGUAUUCAGGAUGACUCCGGGGAAGAAGCCUAUGACUCUCUUGUUUAUAUACUUUGGAGGCCACAAGAAUUGAUGGGAAUCACUGGUGGAAUGGAAGACGAAGGCAGGGAGAUUGAAGAUCCACCAUCAAAUUGUGAGUUGCAAGACAAGGUUCUGGAGGCAUACGGUUGGGCGACCGUGACCAAAUUGACGGAAUCAGACGAUACGCUUUCAAUUGACAGGUAUAGCAAGAACAUCGUGGUGGAUGUGCUGAAUCAACAGCGACAACUACUGUUGAAAUUUGGACGACUGGAUGGCCGCCUACAACCACUGGCCAACACCAUCAUCACUGAGGAGCAAGACUCACAGAACACCAGCAAUAGAGAUGCAAGACAAGGUCCUCAGACAGAAGAGACGCUCGAUAGCUGGUUCCCAGAUGCAGGCGAGCUGUUGGGGAAAUGUGUCACUUUCGUUCGACAAACGAGCAAAUUCCCAGGACAGCUUCGUUGGGCAAUUUCUGACAAAAAGGCCACUGAAGAACUUCUCAAGAGGCUGUCGGAACUGAACGACUACUUAUGCGAACUCCUCAAUGCGCAUCAAUGGGAGAUGCUCGUGGCGCGACAAGUGCGAACAGAUUACAUGAUUGUGCAACUGAACAACAAGCUGGAUCAUCUUCAGGAGAUUGUGGAGGCUGGUUUGGCGCACAACUUGACUGCUGCUUCCAGAGCAGACCGCAGACCGUUGAAAUGGGGAGGAGAUGUAAGACCAGGGGCGCACCGUGACUCUGAGCACUCGCGACACCUUACAAGCCUAGCCCAAUUCAAAGCUUUGGGAUCGGCGCUGGAAACGGAUUCUCUAACGGAUGAGUACGCGCAGAAGCUCGAUCUUGGGGAAUCAGUGCAGGACAUUACCUCGUGCGAGUUAUCCUGGGAUGAUAUACAGCUAUUACCUCAUGCUACGCCUAUAUCGAACGAUCAAAGAACAGAAGCUUGGUACAAUUCAAACUUGGGGAGAGACCGUCGUGUUUGGGUAGAAUGGAAGCCUGGAGAUGGGCAACGUCCAAAUCACAAUACACAUGACCGCAAGAUCAUCGGCCGCUUCGAGGCACUCGUUGCGCUCCUGAGAGAGAAUCAGCGAACAGAGCAAUUCAGGGCCGUACCCUGUCUAGGGUAUAUUCGUACCAGACCGAGCAGAGAGGAUCACAUUGUUCAUUUCGGCCUAGUCUUCAAGAAUCCUUCAGGAGUGGCGCUCAGUGAGAGGCCUGUGUCUUUGUUCGAGCUUUUCCAAGACACAAAGAGCAGGGUGCCAAGUCUGACGGCUCGGUUUGCACUCGCAAAGGACAUAGUGCAAUGUGUGGAGAAACUUCAUGCUGUGAAUUGGUUGCACAAGGGGCUCCGAAGUGACAAUCUCCUUCUUUACGAAACCAGAGAGGGAACCAUCGACCUCUCGAAAUCGUACCUCUCAGGCUUCGACUAUGCGAGACCAGCUCACCGCAAAGACAUGACAGAACGAACAGUUGGUAACGUGUUGCAUGAUCUUUAUCGGCAUCCGCAAGUUCAGGGGUUCAUUCAAGAUGAUUCACAAGGGAGGAGGUAUAAGAAAAGACAUGACAUAUACAGUCUUGGUAUCCUACUAUUAGAGAUCACAUAUUGGGAGUCGAUAGAUUCCAUACUCGGGUUCAGAAAUUUGGAGGAUAUCAGACCAAGUGAAGUUGCAAUGCUACGUGGAAAGUUGCUCAGUGGAAGAUAUCUGGACCAUGUACAAAGCUGCAUGGGUGACAAUAUGUACGGAGCUAUUCGUGCUUGCCUUCAAGGCAUGAGCGCGUUCGGAAUAUCUGACGAUGCUGACGAGACCGAUGUUUUCGUUGGAGCCAGGCUGCAAGCGAAGUUCUAA